AUGCUGCGUGACUAUACCCCGCCUUUCGACGCGACGGUCGUGGACAUCCUGAGAAGGGAAGGAGCUCACCUUGCCGGGAAGACCAAUCUGGACGAAUUUGGCAUGGGUUCUCUGAAUGCUCACAGCGCGUUCGGACCUGUUACGAACCCGUUCAACUCCGCGGUAGCCGAUGCGCCACGGCAUGCUGCAGGCGGAAGCUCUGGAGGGAGCGCUGCAGCUGUUGCCGCUGGACUGUGCGAUGCAGCACUAGGAACUGAUACAGGUGGUUCUGUACGGCUUCCCGCCUCAUACUGCGGUGUUGUCGGUCUGAAGCCGUCCUAUGGGAUGCUAAGUCGAUGGGGCGUAAUCUCAUACGCGGACAGUCUCGACUGCGUAGGCAUCCUGGGGAAGGAUGUCGAAACUACACUCACACUAUUCGACACCAUCUCCCAGUACGACCCCAAGGACCCGACCUCCGCUUCUGACGCAGUACGACGAAGAGCGAAGACCGGAUGCGACGAACACAUGUCCAGCUGGGCGAAGGGAGAUAACCUCACAGGUCUGCGCGUCGGAGUACCACAGGAGUACUUCCCUGCAUCUCUCUCUGAGGAGGUCCAGCAACGUCUACGCGACGUUCUGAAAGCCCUUCGCGAGGCAGGCGCUGAGCUCGUACCGGUAUCACUCCCAAACACGAAGUAUGCUCUGAGCGCGUACUACGUUUUGGCGAGCGCGGAAGCCAGUUCGAAUUUGGCUCGCUAUGACGGCGUUCAGUAUGGUCUGCAAGUACCACCGCAACCACAUCAGAUCGGCACCGUAGCCGAUACAUAUGCACUUUCGCGCACAGCAGGUUUCGGCCCCGAAGUGCAAAAGCGCAUCCUACUCGGUGCUUACGCCUUAUCAGCCGAGGCAUUCGACAACUACUUCCUGAAAGCUCAACGCCUACGAAACCUCAUCCGCGAAGACUUCCGCUCAGUCUUCAGCGUACCGGAUCCUUUAAUCGACGCCACGUCAUCGCCAUCUGAUGGUGUGCACGUACUCCUUCAUCCAUCCGCUAUACGAACAGCGCCCCUCCUCCCGGACGCCACUGAAGCCGAAGUCGAGAUCAAGUCGGACGGCGCCGGUGAAUACGUGCAGGACGUACUCACAGUGCCCGCGUCGCUGGCUGGUCUUCCCGCUGUCAGCGUUCCCGCACCAUGCACGGGGGAUCAGUGGCCGAUUGGCGUGAGUGUCGUUGGGCAGUGGGGUUGUGAGGAGAUGGUUCUUCGUGUGGCUCAUGCUAUAGAGGACAUUUCAAGGCCGUAG